CUUGAAGCUAUCCCACCCAAGAUGCCGAACGGGCGCCGCCCGCACGAUUAUGGCCCUGAAGCGCAGAGAUGUGAUCCUUGCAGCCGUCUCCGUCUUCAUCGCCUGGGGCUACCUGACGCACUGGCAGCCCAAACUGCAUUACCUGCCCUACGCCUUCGUUGCCGGAGUGCUCGCGACCCUCGCCCUGCUGGCAUGGCUCACCUUCACCACAGCCUGGGACAGGGAACUACGGAGUGGAGGGGAAGUCGACUAUGGGCCGCGUCACGUCGCCUUCCUUGCGCCAGAGAAGUGGAGGGCUGAGAGGGAGGCAUUGAAUAAGAGGAACAUGUACAUGAUGGAGCCAAUAUACCCACCGUCCUUUGUUAUUUCGGACAGCCUCGAUGUGCUGGUGGGUUUAAUCCUGCGCGACUUUGUGAAGGGCUGGUACGGGAAUAUCAGCAAGAGCCCAACGUUCGUAAACGAGAUCGACAAGGCGGUGCGGGCUGCCUUGGGCGAGAUACGCGACCGAAUACUGGCAGUAGACAUGGUGGAGACGGUCGUGUCGCGCAUGAUUCCCCUCAUCACAGAUCACCUGCGGGCUUCGUAUGAGGCAGAGCGCGUCGUGCGUGGGCGUAAAUUGUCGCGCAACAUUACCGACUCGGAAGAGCUUGAUCUUGCCAUUGCAGCAAAGUAUAAGGAGGGUCGACUACACCCGGCAGCUUCGUUGGCGUAUUCCAACACCAAACCCAUCCAACAGCAGCAUUUGCGGAGCAUUGUUUCGCGGCUACUACCCAUGGUUAUGCCUGCAAAUAUGACCACCAGUCCCGCUGUCAACGUACUCAUCAAGGAGAUUGUAGCAUGCGCAGUCUUGUCGCCUGUGAUGCAGAUGCUUGCUGACCCGGAUACGUGGAACCAGCUCAUGGAGGGAUACGGACGGACGUUGCUGCAAGAAAGGAAGACGGUGCGCAAGCUGCGAGCUGCACUCGACGAACAUGCUCCGCCUUCGCCGAAGAACCCAAAGAACGUCCAAUUUCCCAAACUGGCGCCGGGCGACAAUGAGCGACGAUUUGAAAGGUUCAUCCGCGCCAUCAGACAGACCAACUCCUUAGCGGAUGCCCGACGCUUCCGGAGUGAAAUAUCAAGUCAGCUGCGGAAAGAUUCCACAGCCGAAGGUCAAGACCCUGUUUACCUUCGACGUUUGGAAACCGCACGCCAGAUCCUAGAUCAGAAGGUGACAAAUCUCAGCGCGGGCGGAUCGGUGCGAGCAAAGGUCGCCGCUCAAGAGAAGCCUAAACAUAAACGGACAUCGUCAAGGUUCGCGAAUGCCUCUCUACGAGAAGUCUUGUAUGAUGCAUCAGGCCUCUCGUGCUUCAUGGAAUUCAUGGACCAAGCAGAUUUGAUGCGGCUCGUGCAGUUCUGGAUAGUGGUGGAUGGGUUCCGGAACCCGCUAGAAGUCGAUACUGACGAGCCGCCGGAAUAUGUUGGCUCUCUUCCUGCGUGGACAGACUCCGAUCGCGCAGAUUUGGCUCAGAUCCACGACGGGUACCUAUCGAAGCCAGAGCUCAAGAUCCUUCCGGAAGCGCGACAGGCGGUCACGGAGUUUCUCAAAGCUGGACGGGCGGCGACACCUCAGCAAUACUAUGACGCACGCCGUGCCCUACUACAGGCGCAGACGGCCGCGUACGAUCAGCUGCAAGAGCCUUACUUUCGGAGGUUCAAGAAGUCGAAUCUAUACUACAAGUGGCUUGCGAUGGACGAAGCAGCGAAUGGAGGGAAAGGUGCUGUGAAGACGAAGACCUUGGCGCAAUCACUUGACAACUCGCUUGCUAUAGCUCCUGCGAUGGUUAGAACCCAGUCAAGGCAGAGGAGCGCAUUGCAGAUGCCACAAGGUGAUCUUCGCAGAGCUGUCACGUCGUCGUCGGAUAUAAAGAGUUUGGGAAUUGCCAAAACAAUCGAUCCGCCUCUGCGGCGCUCACUAGAUGCGCAGCAUACACCAACAUUUAUACGCGCGCCCUUAUUCGAUGAUGACUACGAUACCGAUCCCUUGGCACAUUCGACAGCAAGCUUGGACUCCGAUCACGGACAAGAUCGUAUCAAUGGCAACGAUUCGCAUGUUGUUGAUGCAAUGCAGGCGGCUCUGACCGACAUCAUGGGCGACGAACCUGAGGGCUCUAUAUUCCAUGAGCCAAGUCUAAAUACUCCUCACGAUAAUGACUCAAUGAGAGGUUCUAUCGAUUUGCCACGGGCGUUGUCACCGAGGCCUGAUCUGCAGCCGAGGAAAGACAGUUUAAAGCCAAGUAUAGCGUCUCUGGGCCUCGUAGGUGAGCCGAGAACGCGCGGUGUCUUCAACGAUGAGCUGUUUGGCGAUGAGGAGAAGUUUCUGGAAGACGAGAUCGAAGACCCGGUAGGCAGAAAAAAGAUAGACGACGAUGAGAUUCACGAGGCGGCACCCGGAGAUCUCGGUCUCGCGGAGGCUAUAGAUGCACUUACUGCGGACAUCGAGCGCUUAGUAACACAGGAGUCUAUCGUGGACUCGCUGACAUCCAAGGCCGAGUUAACGAACAAUGCUGCUGAGCUUAGAAUUCUGCGGAAGUCGAAAACUAGUUUGCAGCGAGAGAUACAACGGAAGGAGUUACAGCGACAGCAGUACAUUGUUCAGGAGAGUGACAACAGCUUGUACGGACGUGCGACGGUCUUCAUUCAGUCAAUUAUGGUCGGCACGGAGGAGGAUGGCAAAGAGUACGCUAUGUAUGUCAUUGAAGUCAGACGACGUGCUGGCGACCAGAUGCCUGCAGCAACCUGGGUAAUUUCGCGAAGAUAUAGCGAGUUCCACGAACUGAACAAGAGGCUUCGCGCUAAAUUUCCACAAAUUCGAAACUUGGAGUUUCCACGCCGACAGAUGAUGCUCAAGCUUCAAAAGGACUUUUUGCAUAAGCGGCGUCUUGGUCUCGAGAAGUAUCUACGAGAGCUUCUGCUCGUCCCAGCAGUAUGCCGCAGCCGCGAACUUCGUGCCUUUCUUUCCCAAGCCGCGAUCUCCCCAGCUGAAGCCUUAGCGAACCAAGACCCACACUCAAACGACUUCGUAACACGCAUCUACAACUCUGUCGCCGACGGCAUGGAGGAGUUUCUUGGCAAUAUUCCUGUCCUCGACCAACUCUCUGUCGCGGGUCAAAACCUUAUUUCUGCCGCUACGACUCAACUAGCUCAUACGAAUGGCGCAACCGCUCAGCCUGGUAAUCUUUUCAAUUCUGGUGUGUUGGUUGGGGGUGAGGGAACGGAUGCAGAGGCUGAAGCGGAGUUAUUGGCGUUUGAAAACAAGGAACUGGAGCCAUUUGUCAAACCGAUAUGCGAUAUCUUCCUCGAGACAUUCGAACUCAACCGCGAGAACAACUGGCUGCGCGGCCGUGCCGUGGUCGUCGUACUACACCAGUUACUCGGCGGAACUAUUGAGCGGAAAGUCCGGGAAUCCUUCUCAACUCUACUGUCCGAACAUAAUAUCGCCAAGUACAUUGAUACACUCAAAGACGCCAUGUGGCCGAACGGCAGGAUGAAGGUAGGCGGCCCUGAGAGGACAGGUCAAGAUAAGGAGAAGAGUAGGAAGGCAGCAAGUGAGGUGCUGGGUACACUAGUCCCAGAGUUGGCAUCUAGUGUAGUGGGGAGGCAGAAUGCAACGUUGGCGGCUAAGAAAGUGGAGGGGUGCGUUAAUAAUGCGCGGUUGAAUACGCAUCUUGCUUUUACGCUUUUGGAUGAGCUGGUUAAUGUGCUAUUUCCGGAAGGUGGGAUGAAAUGAUGCAUGCAUAUGGAAUGGCGUUGCAUAGAUGGUGUCCAUGUUUAGGUUGAUGGUCAGAUAGGAGACGGCGAGCGAUGUCACACCCAACAUCACUCGCAAACUCGAAUAUACUUGUAACACUUCAGCUUGAUACCGUCGUGGCUUUGUAGUAGAUUCCAACUCCAACCCAGACUCCCUAGGUCUGUGUCAACAAGCUUGUCUCAUAAC